AUGCCGGUGCAGGUCGGCGACUACAGUUGGCAGCAGACGGAGGCGGCCGUGUUCCUCUCGCUGCCGCUCCGGGGCGUGAGCGUCAGGGACGCCGACGUGUUCUGCGCCGAGAACUACCUCAAGGUCAAUUUUCCUCCAUUUUUAUUUGAAGUGUUUCUAUACGCUCCCAUUGAUGAUGCCAGCAGCAAAGCGAAGAUUGGGAAUGACACUGUUAUCUUCACCCUGUAUAAAAAAGAAGUGGCCAUGUGGGAGAUGCUUUCCAUGCCAGGAGUUGAUAAAGAGACGAAGCAAAAAAUCAGAGAAAAAUCUAUUUUGCAAGCUCAACAGACAGCACAGGAAGCUGAAGAAGCAAAAGCUAAGGCAAGACGGGAAGAUCAAAAGUAUGCACUAACUGUCAUGAUGAAGAUUGAAGAAGACGAGAGGAAAAAAAUAGAAGAUAUGAAAGAAAAUGAACGGAGAAAAGCCACUAAAGAACUGGAAGUGUGGAGAGAAUGUCAAAAGAAAGAUGAAGAACAAAAACCUAUUCCAAGAGAAGAGAAAUUACAGCAAGGAAAGCAAACUAAAGAAGAAAGAAAACAAUUAAAACAUAAAACUGUUACAAGAAAUUCUACAUUCAGUCAUCAUGCUACAAAAGGGAGAAAUUCAGAGGAUAUAUUUGCUGAAGCAUUACAGGAAUCCAGCAUUCCUGCCCCUCGCUCUGUUGGCAGUAUUAAAAUCAACUUUACCCCUAGAGUGUUCCCCACAGCUCUCCGGGAGUCACAAGUAGCAGAAGAAGAAGAGUGGCUACACAAACAAGCUGAGGCGAGAAGAGCAAUGAACACUGAUAUUCCUGAAUUUUGUGAUUUAAAAGAAGAAGAAAAGAAUCCAGACUGGUUGAAGGAAAAAGGAAACAAAUUGUUUGCCACAGAAAACUAUCUGGCAGCCAUUAAUGCAUACAAUUUAGCCAUAAGACUAAACAACAAGAUUCCACUCUUGUAUCUGAAUCGGGCUGCUUGCCACCUAAAACUGAAAAACUUACACAAGGCCAUUGAAGAUUCUUCGAAGGCCCUGGAAUUAUUGACACCACCAGUUAAGGACAAUGCUAAUGCAAGAAUGAAGGCACAUGUACGCCGGGGAACAGCAUUCUGUCAGUUAGAAUUGUAUGUAGAAGGUUUGCAGGAUUAUGAAGCUGCACUUAAGAUUGACCCAGCCAACGAAAUAGUACAACAUGAUGCAGAGAAGAUUCGGAGUAUAAUUCAAGGAACAGAAGUCAACUCUUGCGACUAGAAACAGCUAGGUAGAGUACUAGGCAUUAUUUUGAAGUUUCAUUAGACACAUUGGGAAACCGUACAUAUCCAUUUGUAUAUAUGUCCAUUUGUAGGAUAACCUACUGUGGAGUAUUUUAGUUCUCUAGAAGACAAAAUAUUAUGAAUCUGUUGAAUGUGAAGUAUUUCUUUGAUUCUUCCAAAAGAAAAUCCAAAUCACAAUAUUUUAAUCCUUCAU